AUGUCGACGACCAAGUGGACGCGCGCGAUUGCACCCGGGAUAACCAUGCCCAUGCUCGCCUUCGGAACGUAUAGGUUACGCGGCGAAACGUGUCGAGACGCCGUGCGCGAUGCCCUAAGGUGCGGGUUCCAACACGUCGACACGGCGAGCGUGUACGGCAACGAGCGCGACGUCGGCGAAGCGUUGAGAGCGUGUCAUCGGGAAGUCUCCGAACGCAUUUUCGUCACAAGUAAGAUCGCACCGAGCGAGAUGCGUUCGGAGGAGGAGGCGGCGGCGGCGAUUGCGGGCGUGAACGAGCGAUUGGGACGGACGCCGGAUUUGGUGCUUGUGCACUGGCCAGGCAGGGAUAAGGAGUCGCCAGAUAGCGAACGCCAUCGCGACGCUCGACGAUGGACAUGGCGCGCGCUCGAGAACGCGUUAAAGAUGGGACAGUGUCGAGCGAUCGGCGUAUCGAACUACGAGUUGAGCCACUUACGAGAGCUCUUGCAGUUUUGCGACGUCAAACCGGCGGUGAACCAAAUCGAGCUCCACGCGCGAUUCCCGCAAACGGAGCUCCGCGCAUUCUGUGAGUCCGUCGGUGUGCACGUCGUCGGGUACAGCCCACUGGGCGUCGGUGCUUUGCUCGAUGAUGACCGCGUCAAGGCGUACGCGGCGACGAUCGGAUUAAGACCCGCGCCGGCGCUUGUGCGAUGGACGCUCUCGAUGGGCGCCUCCGUCGUGGUCAAAUCUAGCGCCGCCGAGCGCACGGAGGAAAAUUUCACCGCGAUUUCCGACUUGGAUGACGAUUUCGUUCACGAAGCAGCCGAGAAACUCGAAACAGCGUUUGCGAGUGAGAGGGUGAAAUUUUGUUGGAACCCUUCGAGCGUGCGAUGA